AUGAUCGAACAAUUCCCCAAUGAGCCGGCAUCUUUCUAUGUUGAAGAGGCUAAGAAAAAUUGGGACCGCAGUAAAAUAACUGUGCGAGAGAGCUUACCCGAUACCUGGACCAAGCUCCUAGAACCGGGGCGCACUUAUACCAUUCUCUGGACGGGCCAAGAAAUUCCAUACUGGGAUUGGGGUACGCCGCAGCAGAAAAUGGAAACGAAAUUAGAGAGGUCUCCAAUAGUGAUUCCAGGCGGUGCACACCUCACCUUUACCGUACAGGAAGGGAGGCGCCCCCCCAUUCCUUCACCUCCGACACCACCGCCAAUUGAUCCUAGCGAGAGAGUUCCUGGCGCACCAGUCCUGAGUCUUGAGCUGAUCUGCAGCUCAAAAAUGCCUCCUUCUGGAAAUCUAGAGAUGUCGAUCAAGGUCACAUACCACGGUCCAUCAGCCGACCCUAUCACUUUCCACACCUGGGCGUUCAGCCCAAUUAAUGCCUUCAGCGUCUAUCGUCGUAUUUCUCCCGAAGAGUCUAAUCUGGGGACUGAGAAAGAAUGGAAGACAUGCAUAGGCGAUCGGUCAGCACAUGUCUUCUGGGAUAAUCCUGACAGACAACUUAAUGUGGCGGAAAACGAAGAAGGCCGGUUCACAAGCCUCUUUCCCGGGGAAUCCUGGUCUAAUUCCUGGUCGUUACCAGCGGAUGGAGAUUGCCGGCCCGAAGACGCCCGACCUGGCGAGCAGCUCCGAUACCAAUUCACAGGAAAUACGCUCGACUGGUGGGAUUGGGGUACGAUCGAGGAUCACGCGCAAACUAUUGUAACGCUGCCUGGCUCGGGGAUUGAACCUAUCAAGCCCCCGAAGGACAAUGAUGGCCGACCGAAAGUGGUCAUACCGGCUUCUGAUAUAUUGGAGUGGACUGUUCCCCAGUGCUAUGACUCUCAAUAUCAUUAG